AUGGGAAAAAGUAAUGAAUUUCCUAGAGAGUCACCGGUGAGGCUGGCUUUUAUCUCGAUUUACAUCUCGUCGAUAGUAAUUCUGGCCAUCUAUUCCGCUUCGUUGGUCAGCUUUCUGACGCUCGAUUCCCCCAAACUGCCUUUUUCUACUCUGGAGGAUUACGUUAAUGAUGGAACUUACAAAUUAAUCAUUGUACAAAACAGCGCCGACAUCGAGAAUCCUAGUCGUGUCAAAGACCCAGUAUUUCGGAAAAUGUACGAAUUGUUGGAAGAGAAGAAAUUUUUACCAGCAACAUUUCCAGAGGCAUUUAAUCAAAUCUGCCAGCGGAAGAACUUGGCAUUGUACACGCCGGAGAUUUUAAAAGAUGUCUGGAACAUGUAUAUACACUGUAAGCUUGUAUACAUUAAUACCGAAAGAAUCCAACAUAUAGGGUUAAUGCUAUCAAAAGAAAAUCCUUACACUGGCUUUAUAAAUUAUCACUUGCGCCGAUUGCAUUAUAAUGGCGUUAUAAGAAGGUUGUUGAACAAGUAUCUCGCAAAAAAUCCUUCCAAUAAGAUGAUGAGAGACAGUAUAAUUAAUAUAAACGUUGUAACGCCGAUUUUGAUGAUAAUGGUUGGCAGUAUGAUCCUGGCACUACUUGUAUUGAUAAUCGAGAAA